AUAUAUAUAUAUAUAUAAAUAUAUAAAUAUAUAUAUAUAUAUAUAUAUAUAGAUCUGUCCCUUUAAAGAUAGCCAUUAUAUCAUUAGGGUCAAAGUCUAACUUGAUUUUAAAUAGGCUUGUGGCUCUAAAAAAAAAAACUUAAAAAGGUGCCAGGAAAAACCCUAGAGAGCUGAAGAGCUGUAAACAAUGGAGAUUCCAAUAUUUAUUGUUGAUGCUUUUACCAAUGUGCCUUUCAAAGGUAAUCCUGCUGCAGUAUGUCUCUUAGAGAAUGAGCUGCAAGAUGAUCUUUAUCAGAGCAUUGCUGCUGAGAUGAAUUUUUCAGCGACUGCUUUCAUCACAAGACGGGAUUCUAUGGAUUUUUCUUCAGGUGCAAGGUUUGGAUUACGCUGGUUUACCCCCACAUGUGAAGCUUCUAUAUGUGGACAUGGAACACAGGCCUCAGCAGCAGUGCUCUUUUACCUUAAAAAAAAUGUCAACCCUGUACUGGAGUUUGAGACUAUGAGUGGGGAGCUUUAUGUGCGCCGGGAUGAGGAAUCUCUAAUAAUGGACUUUCCCUUAAACACACCAAAACCCCAGGAUCAACAUGAAAUCAAGGAUCUUUUGAAAGCCGCAGUAGGAAACGUACCCAUUCAGGAUGUGUGCUUCAAUCCAAAAACAAGUAAUCUGUUGAUUCGUCUGGCUGACACUUGCGACAGAUCUGCACUUACAUCUUUGAAGCCUGAAGCAGAAGCUCUGCUGAAAAAUGAAUCCACUGGGAAAAUUAAAGGUGUCAUUGUUACAAUGAAGGGAGCUCCGACCGCACAGCCUGGAUAUGACAUCUAUUCCCGUUAUUUUGCUCCUUGGCUUGGGGUCCAUGAAGAUCCAGUCUGUGGUUCUGCACAUACAGUUCUUGCUGCCUACUGGUCUGAAAAGCUGAGCAAAAAGAAACUGUUGGCCUACCAGUGCUCCAGCCGUGGAGGAGAGCUGGGGCUGGAGAUUAGGGAUGAUGGUCGAGUCAACAUCAUUGGUCGGACACAGAUCAUUCUUCAGGGAACUCUUAAAAUCUAGACAACCUGCAAAACCUUCUCACUGAAUGUGUUCAUGAAAAUGCAAAUCUGCAAACUGAUGUUUUAUUCACUGAAUGGGCAAAUACAAAAUAAAAUGUAAAUUUGAA